AUGUAUUCAACGCCCUUGAGAACACCCUCUUCCAAACCUCUCAGAGACCUUUCGAUUAACCGCGUUAACAAUGCGGGUAAAAUCAGUAAUAAUAUCAAUGAGUCAUCCACAAUUCCGACAAGUCCGAACGAUUUCACGUUUAAAAAAGUAGAGUUUAAUUGUGAAGAAAACAAACAAAAGAUUAUAUUAUUUGAAGAAUUUUUAAAUAAUUAUGUAAAUACGGCCAAGAAUAAUUUGUCUAUAAAAAAGCAACAAUGGCAGAGUAGCCUCGCGUUGGAUAGAGGAAACAUCACUCGAUAUACCGAGGACAUCAAGUCUUUAGAGAAAAAACAAAAAGACUUGAUCACAACUCUCGAAAAAGAGAAGAAAGAACUGUACAAGAUACAAACAGAAAUUUCGAAUUUAAAAAACGAAGAACUUAUGAAGAACGAACGGAAGAAUACUUUGUUGAAACAAAUCGAAACUGUCAAGAAAAAUAUUCAAAAGCAACGUGAUGUUCUAGCCGAAAAGCAGGUGUCAUUGGAAUUACAAUUAUCAAAAAACGAACCGGAAUUAAAACUAUUCGAAGAUAGGUUGGCCUUGACAAUGGAAGGAGUACGAGACGAUGCGAUAACAUUUACAUUCACAUGUGUGUACGAGAAUGAUUCAUCCCGCCCAUGUUCAUUUACCAUAGAUGUAGGCGAGACGAAAUAUACCGUUUUCGACUGUAAUCCACCACUUGAUCAAGUGUUGGAAGAACUGGUAUCGCAUCUGAAUAGUUCACGUGAUUUCUUCUCUUUUAUAAAGAGGAUGCGACAAGCUUUCCGCAAGAAAGCACAAGAAGCAUGA